CGCCCUUCCCCAUCAGCAUUCCUUGCUGUCUACUCCUGCGCUUCCAGCAGGGGGGGGCGUUAGGUCAAGUCUCGCGAUUCGGCGUAGGCGUCGAGAUCGGGGGAGAGAGAGAGAGGGGAAGCGAGGAGAGGAGAGGAGAGGAGAAAAUGGCGGAAGAGAAUGAUUCCACGUCGAUUCCGCUUAGCCAGGCGGCGGACCCGGAAGAUCCAGCCAAAGCGCCCCCAAUUUCGCCGAGUUCUUCCACCAGGAAGGCUUGUUGCGCUGUUCUUCAGAGCUGGGUGUCAAAGAAGUUUAUGACCGGAUGUGUAGUUCUCUUCCCCGUUGCAAUCACUUUUUACAUUACAUGGUGGUUUAUUCAGUUCGUUGAUAGUUUUUUCAGUCCAAUAUAUGACAAGCUGGGAUUCAAUAUCUUUGGCCUUGGAUUCUUGACAUCUUUGGCAUUCGUAUUUCUCAUUGGAAUCUUUGCUUCAUCAUGGUUGGGAUCAACAGUUGUCUGGUUGGGAGAGUGGUUUAUAAAAAAAAUGCCUUUUGUAAGGCACAUUUAUUCAGCAUCAAAGCAAAUUAGCACUGCAAUUUCUCCAGAUCAAAAUACCACAGCUUUUAAAGAGGUCGCAAUUAUUCGUCAUCCACGUGUUGGGGAGUAUGCGUUUGGUUUUAUUACAUCAACAGUGGUUCUUCAGAAUGACAAAGGUGAUGAAGAGUUAUGCAGUGUUUAUGUUCCAACCAACCAUCUUUAUAUCGGUGAUAUAUUCUUGGUCAACUCUGAAGAAAUCAUUAGGCCCAACCUUUCUGUUCGGGAAGGCAUAGAGAUUAUUGUUUCGGGGGGUAUGACAAUGCCACAGGCAAUUGCUCCUCUGGAAGGGAUUCCCCGGAAAAACCAGAACAUCAGAUUGAACAGAAUAACAAAUUAAGGGUCACACUGCUGCAGUUUUGCCAUGCCUUUCACACUUUCCUAGUGAGCCGGAGCCAGAUUACACUUCCUAGCUAGUAAAGCUUGAACUGAGCAUGCAUCAUUGUGUGUUGUAAACACUUCUAAAUGUUGAGCGAGUGUUUGUGCAAAUAUAGAAGAUUACUACCGUCAACCAACUACACGUCACACCUACACCUAAGACUGUGUGUUCCUGGAUUACAAUUGUUGCAGUUUAGAGAUGUUAUUACUUUGCCUUACACAACCCGGCCUUUCCUUUGUUUUGA